CAAUAUUUUAAUCAUAAAUAUUUAGAAAAUGGCCGCGAAACCAACUUCUCAGUCCAGUGCAGAACAAACAGCAUCCGCUGAUAUUCCCUUGACAUGUUUAGAGGAAAGCCUUCUUAGUUUUGAAAAACUUGAUCGCGCAUCGCCAGAGUUAUGGCCUGAACAAAUUCCUGGUGUGUCGGAGUUUGCUCCACUUCAAAGCCCUAGUCAAUCGCCACCAUCGUGGAACAGCGGCCUGACGAAAGAUGAUAUGAACUUUAUACAGCAAUUAGGAUCACUAUCAACCAUUGGCCUUAUCAUGGAGGUAAAGAAAUUGCAUGAUGUAGCUUAUCAACUUGGAUUAGAAGAAGCAAAAGAGAUGACCAGAGGGAAGUAUUUAAAUAUAUUUUCAAGGAAAAGCCGGCCAUGAUGUGCAAUUGAUAGAUGCCUUAGUGUCUAAAACUAAAAUUUGUACAUAUUGUUUUAUUAGAAGUUAUGUUUUUGUUCAUUGGGCUAAUUUUAUUGAUAAGCUUCAUUUAAGUGUAAUUUAUUUAUAUCCAAUUAAAAAUAUUGCAAUAU